AUAAAUGUCUUCUAGUGACUGACUAAGUGUCAGAAGAAAGCAGGAGAGGGAAUGAGAGAUUCAGGUUCUGGCGCCGGCUCUGCGACUGUAACUCUUAGUUUUCAUGGGUGUGCUCCUUUCCUUCCCUGGCCCUGGUUUGCUCACCUUUAGAAGGAUAGGUUUGACUUGGAGGAGCUCCAGUGUUCCUUCCAGGCCUAAAGUUCUAUUAUGUGUCAUCUCUAGUGCAGCCAAUAUUUGUCCAAUAAAUGCUGCUGAAUUUCAUUUUCAGAUAUGUGGCAACCCAGACAAGGUCUUCCCCACUAACAUUAUAAAAUUUAGUUUAGCUGAUGGAAUGAAUUUUUGUGUUUUAAUUCUGCACAUAGCGUAAUUCAUAAACUAAAGCCCUAGUUAUUUGACCCUUUAUCAAUUCCAUAUUUGGCCUUUUCGAGGAUGUUUUUAACUUGGCUCUUAGAUUAAAAUGAAGAGUCUGCUUAGUGUGUAAUCAUGAAAGCAUUAUUUAAUAAUUCAUAUUUUAAAAUAUCAGAAUCUUUUGAGCGUACUUAUGAGGUAAGCUGCUCAAAAGGCGUGUGAAUGUUGGCUAAUCAUCUGCUGCUUUUCCCUGGGGAGAAGAUGUAUUGUACGGUUUGUAAUCUGAGAACUCUUGCUUUCAUGAAUAUCGAGGAUUAUAGUUUCUGAAGACAGUCUGUUUAGUUAAUUUAAGUUGAAAAUCCUGACAAAAGCCUUACGUGUUCUCUGUUUUGUAUUCCCUCUAAACAUAGGCUUUUUGGAUGUUCUUCACGGGUUAUAAUAAAGUGUUUUGUUGCUGAGGUUCUUUGAGUAAAAUGCCUUCAUUUUUUUCUCUCUUUUUACAGAAGAAACGUGUGAAGUAGUAAAAGGAGAGGAGUUUAAAGAGCAGUUUAGAGUACAUUUCAGUAGAAGCCUUAGCAAUGGCAAAUUAUCUUUUUUCUAGGGAAGUUCUCGCUUUAAUCGUUAAAUCAGUUGAUACACAAUAAUAUCCUACUGAGAAGAUUGCAUUUGCAACCAAAAAGCAGUCUGAUGAAUCUGAAAGUAAGGAGUACAAUUAAAUCUUGUCAUUUCUGAGGAUUGUUAUCUUUGCCUUUGAGUCUGUAUUUGGUAGUUGGGUCCAUCUUUAGCAAGGAAAGUUUAUAGUUUCUAAAAUUCUCUACUUGGUGACAUGCGUAAGUUGAUACAGUAAUUCAGUGUUUUAUGGCAUAAGGUCCAAUGACCAAAAGCAAAAUCUAUUUGACAGUGUAUAUGAGGAGGGCACACUUUGAUGCUGGGAAAAGGAAGCCUUGGGGGUGGGAUUUUGUUCCUGAAUGGCCUUAUUGGGAGAACUCACCUCAUUUAGCUUCUCUCUGCCCUGGAAGUUAUGGAAGUCAAGGAAUAUGGUCCAGCUAUGCCAAAGAACUUGAUGGAGAAAUUUUUUGAAGGUGAAUGAAAGGAUUUUAAAAUGUCAGCAUAUGUGUAAAAUAUUUUGUAAGACACUAAAUACUCUAGGGUUGAUUUUGCUAGUUGAUAAGUUUACCUAUGGACCCAGAAGCGUUUUGAUGAACUUAUUGUUUAUGCUCAAAUUAAUUUUCCUCUGUAGUUGCCAAUUUUGUUAAGGUUGUGGUGUCGCAAAGAAAGCUACAAGAACUGCUUAAUUACUGUGUAGCUUUUUCUGUCUUUGUGAGGGGGAAAAUGUACUGUUCACAUGUCCUUGUCAAGGUUCCCCCGAAUUAUAAGGCGUGUACUUGAACCUCACUGAAGGUUUAGAAGAAAAUAUUCUUUCUGUACGGGAGUCCUUACUUGAUUUGCAGCAGUUACUCACUGACCUUCCUCAUGAUAUGCUGGAUGACGACCUGUCUUCCCCCGAGCUCCACUCCUUGGACUGCAGUGAGGAUGGCAUAGAGGGAGAACCACAUCGUUCUGAGCAAUCGGAGAUGAACUGGAAUGUGCAUCGAGUGCUGCCUAAAUCUCAAAGUGACUAUAAUGAGAUUCAGGAUUUAUAUAUUGGAGAGAAAAGCGGCAAUGGCUGGGAGGAGAAUCAGAUUGAAACUGAAGGCCAGCAUCCUGGGUACCAUCCUGAAGAAGGUGGAGAUGAAGGUGGAAGUGGUUAUAGUCCUCUGAGUAAAUAUGAGCAGACUGAUUUAUAUCACCUUCCUGAAAACUUUAGGCCGUAUACCAAUGGUCAGAAGCAGGAAUUUAAUAGCCAACCAACCAAUGUAAUUAAAUUUUCAGAUCCUCAAAGGAAUCAUUUUCAGCAAUUUGGUACAUCACAAGGUCCCAGUUGUCAACCUUUGGAAUCAUAUAAAGUGACAUAUAAACCUUAUCAGUCUUCUGCCCAGAAUAAUGGCUCACCAGCCCAGGAGAUAGCAGGAAGUGACACAUUUGAAAGCCUACAACAACAAUUUUUAGGAGCUAAUGAAACAGAUUCUGCGGAAAAUAUGCAGAUUAUUCAACUCCAGGUUCUUAACAAAGCAAAAGAGAGACAGCUAGAAAAUUUGGUUGAAAAGUUAAAUGAAAGUGAACGUCAAAUAAGAUAUCUGAAUCACCAGCUUCUGAUGGUCAAAGAUGAAAAGGAUGGUUUGACCCUUAGCCUUCGAGAAUCACAGAAACUCUUUCAGAGUGCAAAAGAAAGAGAGAUACAGCUUGAAGCACAAAUAAAAGCUUUAGAGACCCAAAUACAAGCGUUAAAAGUCAAUGAAGAACAGAUGAUUAAGAAAUCCAGAACAACUGAGAUGGCUCUGGAAAGCCUGAAGCAGCAGCUGCUGGACCUUCAUCAUUCUGAAGCACUUCAACGCACUAGAGAGCAGCACGAGAGCAUUGUCAUGGGCCUCACAAAGAAGUACGAAGAGCAAGUGUUGUCCUUACAAAAGAAAUUGGAUGCUACAGUUACCGCACUUAAGGAACAGGAAGACAUUUGCUGUCAUUUGAAAGAUCAGGUGAAACAACUGGAAAGGAACCAAGAGGCAACCAAGUUAGAAAAGACCGAGAUCAUUAACAGGUUGACGAGAAGUCUGGAGGAGAGUCAGAAGCAGUGUGCCAACUUGUUGCACUCAGGCUCAGUCCAGGAGGUGGCUCAGCUACGGCUCCAGCUGCAGCAGGCACAAAAGGCACAUGCUAUGAGUGAAAACAUGAACAAGGCUUUGCAAGAAGAAUUAACAGAACUAAAAGAUGAAAUUUCUCUCUAUGAAUCUGCUGCAAAACUAGGAAUACUUCCAAGUGACUCAGAGGGAGAAUUAAAUAUAGAACUCACUGAAUCAUAUGUGGAUUUGGGUAUUAAAAAAGUCAACUGGAAAAAAUCCAAAGUUAAGAGCAGUGUACCGCAAGAAGACCCAAAUGAAGUGAUGUCUAAAGAUGAGGUCAUCCUCAAGCUGAAAGCAGAAGUGGAGCGUUUGCUGGGCAGCAACUCAGUGAAGCGUCAUCUGGUGUCUCAGUUACAAAAUGAUCUCAAAGACUGUCGAAAGAAAAUCGAAGAUCUCCAACAGGUGGAAAAGGAUGAAAAAAGCAUCGAGGUUGAGACUAAAACAGAUACCUCAGAAAAACCAACUAAUCAAUUAUGGCCUGAUUCUUCUACUUCUGAUAUGAUUGUCAAAGAUGAUAUUCUGCGACUCAAAAAUGAAAUUCAAGUUUUACAACAACAAAAUCAGGAACUUAAAGAAAAUGAAGAAAAACUGAGAAAUGCAAAUCAAGACUUGUGUAAUCAAAUGAGACAAAUGGUACAAGAUUUUGACCGUGAUAAACAAGAAGCUGUGGACAGGUGUGAGAGGACUUACGAGCAGCACCACGAAGCCAUGAAAGCCCAAAUACGCGAAAGCCUGUUAGCAAAGCACGCUUUGGAGAAGCAGCAGCUCUUUGAGAUCUACGAGGGGACUCGCUUGCAACUGAGGUCUGAAUUAGAUCAGAUGAACAAGGAGAUGGCUGCUGUGCAGGAGUGUUACCUGGAAGUGUGCAGAGAGAAAGAUAAUCUAGAAUCGACUCUCAGGAAGACCAUUGAAAAGGAGCAACAGACUCAGGAGAAUAAGAUCAAACAAGAACUCAUUCAACAGCUUGAAAAGGAGUGGCAGGCUAAGCUGGAUCAAACUAUAAAGGCAAUGGAAAAGAAGACCUUGGAUUGUUGCAGCCAAACUGACCAAGUAACCACCAUUGAUGUUAUUUCCAAAAAAGAGAUGGAAAUCAUGAUAGAAGAGCAGAAGCGAAAGAUCCAGCAAGAUUUAGAGCAAGAGAAGGAAAUAGCUAUCAAGGGGGGCUUGAAGAAACUCGAGGUUGAGUUGGAACGCAAAUAUUGUGAAAAUAUUGCCAAACAGGUAGAAACAGCUGUGCAAAAUGCUCGUCAUCGAUGGCUGGAAGAAAUGCCUGAGCUUGCAGAGUAUAAAGCAUGUGUCAGAGCAGAACAGAAGAAGUGGGAAGAACAGCAAGAGAUCUCUGUGGCCAAACGGAUAUUGUUUGCUGUUUCUGAAGCUAAGGAGAAAUGGAAAAGCGAGCUUGAAAAUGUGAAGAAAAAUGUCAUCCCUGGAAAGGAAUUGGAAGAGAAGAUUCAUUCUCUUCAGAGAGAGCUUGAGUUAAAGAACGAGGAAGUCCCUGUGGUUGUCAGGGCUGAGCUGGCAAAGGCCCGGAGUGAAUGGAACAAAGAAAAGCAAGAAGAAAUCCACAGAAUUCAAGAACAAAAUGAGCAAGAUUACCGGCAAUUUUUAGAUGAUCAUCGAAAUAAAAUUAAUGAGGUGCUUGCGGCAGCUAAAGAAGAUUUUGUGAAACAAAAGACUGAACUCCUUCUUCAGAAGGAGACAGAGCUACAAACAUGUCUAGAACAGAGUCGUAGAGAAUGGACCAUGCAGGAAGCCAGGCGGAUUCAACUGGAAAUCUCUCAGUAUGAGGAAGACAUCCUAACUGUACUUGAAUUUCUCUUAAAGGAUGCCCAAAAGGAGCAUGUCAGUGGUUCAGAGAACAAGCAACUUUUGGAACUCCUGUCAACUUGUUCUUCAAAAUGGGUGUCUGUACAAUAUUUUGAAAAAGUAAAGGCCUGCAUACAGAACGCGUUUCAAGAUAUACUCUCCCUACUUGUAGAAAGCACCAACUCAGAAUGGGAAAAGACAAAUAUGGCCAAGAUCUCUGAGGAUCCUGCUCCAGGGGUGACUGUCAGGGGAGACCCCAGCGUCCCUGCAGUCCUUCCUGCACCCACUUCUGGAUACCACGCUCAGCCCCUGGCCUUGCAGGAAACAGAAGCAGAAGCUGAUAAGAAAAAGACCCUUGAAAUUAAAGAUUCAUACUGUGGACACUGCUUCCAAGAACUUGAAAAGACAAAGCAGGAAUGUCAAGAUCUGAAAAGAAAACUGGAGAAAUGCUGUAGGCAUCUUCAGCAUUUAGAAAGGAAGCACAAAGCUGUAGUGGAAAAAAUUGGAGAAGAGAAUAGUAAAGUUGUUGAAGAAUUAAUAGAAGAAAAUAAUGACAUGAAGAAUAAAUUGGAGGAACUGAGAACACUUUGUAAAAUACCACCAAGGUCACUGUCAGAAGGGGCCGUUGAAAAUGCUUCCCUGCCAUGCAGUAGGGUGGCCUUGGAAGAGCUUCGUGGGCAGUACAUUAAAGCUGUAAAAAAAAUUAAGCGUGACAUGCUUCGUUAUAUUCAGGAGAGUAAGGAAAGAGCUGCGGAAAUGGUAAAAGCAGAGGUACUGCGGGAACGUCAAGAAACUGCCCGAAAGAUGCGCAAAUAUUAUUUGACUUGCCUCCAACAGAUUUUGCAAGAUAAUGGAAAACAGGAAGGGGCUGAGAAAAAGAUUAUGAAUGCUGCUAGCAAACUUGCUACAAUGGCAAAAUUGCUGGAAACGCCUAUUUCUAAUAGAUCCCAGAGCAAAACUACACAGUCAGGAGAACUGGCUCUGACUUCAGAGAUGGUGAUUGGAGUUGAAAAAUCAAACAGAAAUGAUGUGAAUCAGAAUAUACCAUGUCAAAUUGAAAGCAAAUCAAAGAGUGUAAAAGCCAGCCCCAGGCAUAUGUGCGACCAAGUUCCUAGGAGGAGGGCUGCUUGUAACUUAGAAAGGCGGUUGGAGGACGCAGAGCACCGGGACGUACAACAUGUUGGUUCCAAAGGGUCACAUUCAGACUUUCAGUCCGGGGACAACAGUUACAAACACCUAGACAUUUUGCCAAGGAAUGUUCCUCCUGAGUUUGUUCCUUGUGAAGGUGAAAGAGGCUUCGGUUUGUGCAAGAAGACGGACCUCCUCAGUGAUGCUGGCUCCGGAUCACUUCUGCCUUCAGCCGCAUACCCCUUUCUUGGAUCCUUAGGAAAUAAACGCUCACCUAGAUAUACCCCUAGUCAUUCUGAGUCUGGAUCCACACAUACAGCCUUUCGAGGUCCUGAUGAAAGACUUGGUUUAAAAGUAUAUAAGUGUAACCCAUUAAUGGAACGUGAAAAUGCUACAUCUGAGAAAAGUCAAAGUUUGGGUGUUCAGGAAGCUCCAGUAAAGGAUGGAGGGGACCUUAGUGACUCCAUAGGCUGGCAUUCCAACAGUGCCACUUUACCCUGCGACAGCCGUGAAGGGUCAUUUUCACAGGGUAGGCCACAAGAAACUCUGGAUACACUGGCUGAAUCUGUUAAUUUCAGACAGUUUCCGGCAGCCAGUUGUCUUUCAGAUCCAGGGAAAAAUAACACGAUUAGUCGACCAAUGAAACAUCAGAGUGGUCACGCUCCAGACUCGUCAGAGGCAACCACCUCUUCCCAGCCAGGGAAAAUCAGCGUGACUCUUGGCCAUCCACCGCCCCGUCAGGCUGAUACAUUAAAGUCAGACUUCAAAAAACUGAGAAGUACAGGAUCGUCUUCAGUGUGUCGGCAGCCUGCGAAAAGAUUAAUCCCUCUUCUGUCUAGCCAACAAGAUAGUGGCUUUGAUAGCCCGUUUGUCAAUCUAGACUAAUUGUACAGUAUUUAAGAAGAAUCAUUAAUAUAUUCUCAAGAACACUGGAAGAGAAGACUUCAUACUGAAAAAUUUGUGGGCUUUGCCUAUUUUGAGAUGUUUUAAUAACAUCUGACUAUCAUGAGUAAAGUAUUCUCAUAAAAUAACUUGAGAUAUUAAUGUCGCCUUAAUCUUCCAAAGGCCUGAUGGUGUGUGUGUAAUCUGCUUGUGUGUAGUGCUUAUAUUUGUUUGCUAAAUCAUCUAUUUUUAUACUUAUGAUUAUAUUAGUUCUCCAUGCAGUGUUAAAUUAUUUAAAUAAACUUGCGUAUGGUCUGUA